CAUUUUUUUUUACAGUUAAGUAUUUUACACUUGAACAUUUACUACUGUUCAGAUGAGAAUAUACUGCUGUACUUUAUUGUCAAUUCAGCCAGCUUUUUAUCCCAGACCUCAGUACUGAAUGGCACUUUUGCUGUGAAGAAAUUCAUGUCUUCAGCUGAGUAGAUUAUGGAGAUGUUAACUGCACAAGUAGUCAUAGUUAGAUACCAUGGCUAGCUGUUAGAUUUUAUUUACUUUGCAUGUUGUCACUAAUACAUCAGUGUUACCUCCCAGACUUACAAAUAAUUGAGCCACAUUAUAAUUAUGUAUAUUCUGUCAUAUCAGAGUUUGCAAAAGAUUAAUCUGGACAUGUUUUACUGUUAAAAGUGACAAGAGAAGAUGCUGGAUUUUGGCAGUAUGUUUUAGAGCUCAACAAUUAGUUGAUCGAAAGAAAAUAAAUCUGUAUUUCAGUCUCUUUUCAAGCAAGAAUUGGGCCAAGGUUAGAUGGUUGCAGUUUUUUUUUUGGUCAUACACGAUAGUAAAUUGUAUGUUUUUAGGUUUGGGACUAUCAAUGACACCACCUUGUGCUUUAGGACAGUGGUUUUCAAACUUUUUCGUGUCAGGGACUGAUACACAUUUGGUCAUGGACUUAAAUUUGCUAAGAUUUUCCUUCACGGACCUACAUGUUGAAAGAUACUGAUGGCAGAUAUAAUUAAAACCAGUUGUAACUACAGUUAAGGAGAUAACCAUGAAGGAAGUGAAACCUAUGAUCAGAAUAGUCACUCUUAUGACUCUUACUCACAUUGGACUUACUUCUGUAGUGAAUUUAAUAGUAAAAAUAAACUAUUCCUCGUUUAUAUGGGGACUCCCGGAAGGACCUCCUUGGGGUAGACUAGACUAUUAAACAACAAAAGAACUGGCAGAUUAAUUUAUGAUGAGAAAAAAAAUCAUAAGUACAAUUUGCUCAGAACCAGGAUUUAUGGAAUAUAAAAAAUGUUGAAUGUGUAAAUAUAAGAUAUUUUGUUUAUAUCAGAGGUUCCAAUAAAAUUGUGUUUCAAAAUGCAACUCUAGCUUAACUGCACUUGUACUAUAUCGUGUCAGUGUGACGGAUCUUUACAUUUUCACUGGCGAAAACUCCAUUGUAACUGGGGUAACGUUACUGUCAUGUUGUCAAAUUACCCGUAAUUUCAACACCUCCACUUAGGUUCUCUUUGAAGAUACUAGGUCACCCGAGGACAUAAAAGAAGACGAUCAUAUUCUAUGAGCCAUUUGUCUCCGCUCUCCUAUUGGCUGCCCACCUACCGACGACGUCUCAAAACCUUCUCUAAUUGGUCAGUUUUCAACCGAGCCAACCGGGCGGAAAAAGAACCCGUGCUGUGAUUGGAUAAUCCGCCUGUCUGGUUGUUGGAUUUGUAAAAACGGAUACAUUUGCCAGUCGGUGUAGGGCGCCGUCCGGCAUGCCUUGUUUACGGUGAGGUCGGAAUACUAUCCUACGGCUCAGCUAAAGGUUUUUGAAUAAACUUUAAUUCCAGUGAUCACAAAAAGAAGGACAGACAAGGAGAGAAAGAGAGAGCAAGGGGAUGUUGACUUAUCCCUCUGACUCGCUCCCUCAGAUAGUUUGUCCAAUGGAUGAAGAUGCUAUUCCCCCAAACAGUUUCUGUAGUGCACCUCCCCACAGUGAACCUUCACCACCUCUCCUCCCCUUUUCCUCCAUCACUCCCAGCCGUGCAAAAGAUGGAAUAUCUGGGCACAGAAGGAGUGGCCGCAUUCAAGAGAUCAGAGCACAAACUCCUAAAAAGCAGAGCAAUACAGUCAGUGCAGCAGCUCCGAGACAGUCCAGACAGAAUCCGUCCCCCACCAAGAGACAAAGGGAGAGUGCAAACAUGGUACGGUUGUCGCAGUCAAAGCAGCGAAGAGCUGAAGGCACACAUGUGCAUGAGAAACAGAAUGAGGAUGGAAUUGAUAUUAGUUUUGCAGCAGAGCGCCAAAAUAAGCAAAAGGACCAGAAAAAAACACAGAAGAAACCAAAUGUCUCUGCUGCAGAGAAUGUAGUGGGGCAGAAUGCUGUCGAUACCACACAGAAUCUUGACACAACCACAUCUGACAUGGGCAGAUUAGCUGUUGGACCCUCUGUCGAAAAUACAUCUGCCCCGAAGGGAUGGGUGAUCGGCCCCUUGUUUCAGUCACUCAGAUCGAAGAUGGCCAGUUUCACAGAGAUAGUCAUGAGUCCUGUUAAACUCUUCAGAGCAAAUAGCCCCCCACCAUUCAUGGACCAUCCAGACAGACCUGAUGAGUGUGAGCCACAGGCCGAUGGAAUGUCUGAUGUUGAACACUCAGAGCCAGGCGAUAUGUUUCAUCCAGAAGCACAAAGUGAGAAUGAGAAUCAGGACACUGAAGCAAAGCUGCAGAGGCUCAGUGAAGUAGAAGGUGCACAAAAUGCAAAAACUGUUGCUCUUAGAUAUUCAAAAAAAUUAUCAUUUGAUGUGGAGUUGCCAACACACAGCUCUGAAUGGGCAGAUGAAUGUGCAAUAAGUCCGAAGGGAAAACACUCACCUGAUUCUGUGCCUUUGCAUCACAGUCCCUUACCCUGCACUGUUUCUGAGGAAGUUUCAGAAUCCGUUGGGUCUGUCCUUAGGUCCUCUAUGCUGUUACAGCCUUCUGUCACUGUAAGUGCCUCACUUGAAUCAAAGUUAAUGAUUUCCGGUGCUACGGAGGACCAGAAAGGCAGACCAUUUGUUCAGCUGAAACCACUGCCAAGGAAAUAUACAGGAAAUCGAUCUGGAGUAAAGAAAGUUUCAUCUAAAGUCAAAAAGGAAGAGUCUGAUCCUGAGGUUAAUGAUGAGCAGGUUUCUCUCAUGAAUUCAGCCAAAUCAAACAAAGCUCAUUCAAGUGACGCUGACAAAACGCUGUCAUUAUCUUCCUCAGUCUGUUAUGCUCAGCCUGACGCCGACUGUCCUCAGCCUAAUGAUGGUGAUAGCAGGAAAAAAGUCACUCAGAAAACUUUGGUUCGCAGGAGCCACAAGAAUAACUUAAAUACCAGUACUAAUGGAAGGACACUGAAGCCUACUUUGGAUACUCAGCAGCUGGAGUGUCACUUAAACCCUGAAACUUAUUCAGCUGCAGGUGUCGGGAGAGCAAAGAGGGGGCUGAAACUGGACUGUCAUUCCCAAGACUUUGUAAAGAGGAAGAGACUGACAGCAGACAAAUGUACAAAGGAUCCAAAAACACAAGCGCUAUUAAAUGUGGCCUCAGAUAGUGGCAUAUUGAGGCCACCAAUAAAAGACGUUGUGUUGACAAAUACCAUCGUCCAUAAGGAAGAAAUGCUGAAGCCACCUCCAAAAAGACAGCCUGUUUCAACAAGAGCAAAUAAGAGAGAAAACGUUCGACAAGAAAUGCUCGCUACAAUAAAUGAAACAGUGCUGAACACACAGAGCGAAAGUUCCUCUGAUGCGAUGUUGGUUUGCUUAUUGGAUAAAAGCAGUGGGAUUUCAGAGGACAAACAAAAGAACAGCAGCAGCAAGAUGAAGCCUGGUGCUUCAUGCAAAAGACUAAAGACAAGAACAGGUCUUGGUGCACCUGAUGUAAACAUGGAUAACAGUAUGGAUCUGGAAACCACCGUGGCAAUCACGUCCACAGAACAAGCCGAGAAGGCACCGUUAUCAGAAGUCCUUGUCCGUCCUCAUAUAAAGCAGCUCCAAAGCACAAGCAAGCAGAAGAAUAUCAACACAAAGCCACGGAAACGGAAAUCGCCAAACCAAGUGAGUUCAAGUUCAGAAUCGGACAGUAUUCUGGUUUCUACCUCACCAGCACUAUCAACAGAGCCACUAGAACUCACGUCCACAGAUUGUAAUACCUCUGAGCGUGUUCAAAAAGAGGACAGCCCGAAAAAGGAAGUGAACCAGCCGUUCAAGAGACCCAGGAAGAGUAUUAGAGGUGCUGUUAAAUCAUCUGCGUCAGGAGGGAGCGAAGAGACAAAACAAUGUAUGGAUAACCUCCAUUUGAUAACCAAAGAAAACAAGCCGAGAGAAGGCAAAGGUAAACACUCAAUGGACCCUGUAUAUUUUGAAAUGACACCUUUUGAAAGUAAUCAGGAACCUGCUCCUUCACCCUCCAAACCUAAAUUAGACUGUUAUGUACAAUUAGAUCAUGAAAUUAAGCAUAUCAUAGAUGGGAAAGAAUUGAGUGCUACUUCUGUGUCAGAUGAGGUAUUUUCCACUGACGCUGAAGCCAGUCACCACAGCAGCAGCAGUGUCUCUAGGCUAAGGUCUAGUGCACGAAGGGCUAACAUUAGGCCAAGGAGAGCAGAUAACCAAAGGAGGAAAUGCAGGGUUUUGCAUAGUAGGACAUGUAAAGAUGAAGAGGCGACAAACACCGUCACAAUGGAUGAUGCAGACUUGGCUACAGCAAGUUCACAGUCAGCAGAAAAUGGCUCGUCAAGGUGCCUGUUGCGUAGCUACUCUUGCCCAGAGAUCCCCUCCCUCCGUCACCAUGACACGCCCUGGACUCCUACUUUGCAUUCACCCCAUCACAGCAGGACUCACACACCACACCUGCACCAGUCCUCCCACACUCCCUCUGCCCACCAUGCCCACAAAUCCCUGCGCCGGGCUCGUCGGCACACAGUCUGCAGUGUGGAGGUGGAGAGGGAGAUUGCGCCUCUCUGCCUUCGUAAGGAGGUGUACCCAUCCAGAAGAUCCCUCCCAUAUGACAGAGCCACCCUACGCCUGUGUCCUAGUCUUGCUCUUUCUCCCAGCACUUCCCUCUCAGUGCUUGCGUCCUGUUUCCUCUCAAGCCCCCUGGCUUUCCUUUCUAAGAAAGUUGACAGUAGAGGAUCUUCUGCCAGCCCCAGCACUUCCAGUCAUGUUUCCUCUCCAAUCUCCUCUUCUUCUUCAAUAUCACAAUUGUUAUUCCCCCAAAGAAAUGACUCCUCCAGUGCCACGUUGGACUACAGUAGCAGUGGAAAUCCCUUGGAGUGUGAGAUGGAGAGAAGACAGCAGAGUGAAGAAGAGGAUGAUGGCGAGGAUACGAGCUCAUCCAGUCAGGAGUUUGAGGAUGUUGGGAUGAGAGAAGAAAAGGCUUUGUCUGAUUCUGAAAUCAAGGUGGUGCAAAAGCAUGAGGAACGAGGAAAGGUGUCGUCAAUUAGAAUUCGGAAAACUUUACCCAAACCUCAGACCAACCUGACACCCAUGGGCCUGCCCAAACCCAUCAGGCUGAAAAAGAAGGAGUUCAGUUUGGAAGAAAUUUACACCAAUAAGAAUUUCAGCAAACCCCCUGAAAGCCGGCUGGAGACCAUAUUCGAGGUGCCUCUCAAUCGCAGAAAUGGCUCUGAGUCCUGGUUUGGCCAGAGACGUGUCAAACGAUUUUUGGAGUUCCUGGAAGCGGGUGAGGCCAGAAGACCAAAGAAGCCACUUGCUGGCAUUGGAAAGGCAGUAGCUUCAUCUUCCAGGACGAGACGUGGGGGCUCUCCUAAAGACGAGCCAACCCUCAGCGCGCAGGAUGUGGACUCACUUCUCUGUGAGAAGCUCGAGCAGCUGAAUUUGUGGUUGAUACACGAUCAGAAAGACAGUUGACAGAUGCCGCCUCAAACAGUGAUUUUUUGGCAGCCAUUAAACAAACACUGCAAGAGACAAUUCUGUCUAAGACUGUUUCUAAUGUGUUUUCAAUACGAAGAUUCACAUGUGACUCUUCUAGCUCUUUUUGUCAGCACAAUCUGUGUAUGAUUGUUGUGGUGACAAGUUACUAUUGAAGAGUUACCUUUUCAUUCUGUAGCAUUUGUAGCCUACAAGUUGAAGAACAGUACAUCAUAGCAUCAGUGUAUUGCCUCAUAGAAGGUGGUUAUAGAUAUAGUGGUUAAACGCAUUAUACAGGAAGUUCCUUUUUUGUCAUGACUGCACUCAAACCUCUGCCGUC